GCGAGCGAGCGCGCGACGCGGAAGAGAAGAUGCGCCCCGAACUCUCCUCCUGCGCCUUUCCCGCGAACAGCCUUUAAGGAUUAUCCCGUUCUAUUCCUCCCGUUGUUUGUUUGUUUGGCGUCCUGGGAGCUACUUUCGGUCCGUCUGCAGAUGCGUUUCCAGCUCACGCGGAGAGACGUGGGACAUGAUCGCGCUGCCUCCGGAGUCCGCCGCGUUUAGUCUGCUUGAUCUCGAGACGCGACACCGGGAGCCGUUCCUGCACGCGCCGCCUCCCGCGGACCGUUUCCCCGUUAAAGCGUUGAAAAUGCUGAACGCUCGGACCGGACACAUCCUGCACCCGGACUAUUUGCAGCCGUUACCGUCCGCUCCCGUCAGCCCCAUAGAGUUGGAUGCCAAGAAGAGUCCCCUCGCCCUCCUCGCGCAAACGUGCUCCCAAAUCGGGAAAUCGGACCCGCCGUCCUCCACCAAGCUCUCCGGCGGGGCCUCGGACAAAGACUGCAAGUCCAGCCCGCUGAAGAUCAGCGACAUCGGGGCCGAGGACAAGUCCAGCUUCAAGCCGUACGCCAAAUCGUCGGAGAGGAAAGACGCGGGUGCGGACAAGGCGAGCUUCCGCGUGCCGAGCGCCUCCUGCCGGCCGGUGACCCCCCGGAGCCCGGGCUCCUGCAGCUCGGCGUCCCCUCAGCCCGGGUCGGGAGAUAAACCCGGGAAGAAGGAGCACGAGGCGGCUCGGACGCCGGAGGCGAGGGCCGAGAGCGAGGCGGAGGCUCCCAAAGCGCCCGCGUCCGACGGCAUCCCGGUGUCUUCCGCCCUGGGGCUGGUUGCUCCGGUUUCUCCGUACAGACCGGGUCACUCCGUGUUCGCUCCGUACCCGGCGGCGUACCCCGCGUACCCUCAGCCCUUCCUGUCCCACGCCGUGAGCCUGGACCCGAGCAAACCCGGCGGCGGUCAGCUGAUUAAUGCUCUGGGCAGCAAGCCGGGCUCCAGUCCCCUCGCCGGGGCCUCUCCUCCAUCCAUCAUGUCUGGCGGUCUGUGCAGGGACCCGUUCUGCUUGAGCUAUCACUGCGCUAGCCAUCUAUCAUCCGCCGGCUCGCACGACAAGUCCGGAUACCCUCUAAUGUACCACUCCCUGCACCCGCCUUCGUUCCCGGGACACCCGUUGUAUCCGUACGGCUUCGUGCUUCCCAACGAUUCCCAGACGCACGUUUGCAACUGGGUCUCCGCCAACGGCCCGUGCGACAAGCGCUUCUCGUCUUCGGAGGAGCUUUUGAGCCACUUGCGGACUCACACGGCGUUCGCCGAGAAGCUGGUCGCGGGAUAUCCCGGCUCUUUGAGCAUGGCCUGUCACGUGCCAGGAGCUCCGCUGGCUCUCAGGACCCCUCACCUCGGGCUCGGCUCGCGGUAUCAUCCGUACAAAAGCCCGGGAGGCGCUCCGGUUCCGGUUCCCGCCGCCGCCGCCGGCCCGUUUUACUCCCCGUACGCUCUUUACGGACAGAGACUGACCACUGCGUCUGGGCUCGGAUAUCAGUGAUUAUUAUUUUUUUUUCUUAUUUUGUUCGCCCUCAGGACUAACUAGUGGACCAUUAUUUAUUAAAGUUAGCUUUAAAGCGAACGAAACGAAAGCGGACUCGCGAGGCUUUUAUUUAAACUGUUACAGACGUGAUUCUCUCGUAAGAAACAAGCCACACUGUGUAACGUCUUAUAGCCAAAAUGUGCAUGUUUAUUUCUAAAUUUACUUGAAUUUAUAUUUUAACGUUUGUGGGGGAAGAGAUGUUUUUACUGUGCAACUCAGGGAAAAACGACAGCAAUUAAAGAAUAACUCGA